GGUUGUUUGGGUGACUUGUUUGGAGCUUGCCCCGGGGGAAGGGUAUAAAAAACUCGCUAUUCGCCGCUUCCAGAUGAUUUCCUCACCGACCCUCGCUCUGAGAAGUACUUCGACAUGAAGUUCUCCUCGCUCGCCGUUCUUCUAGCGGCUCAAGCUCCGCUACUCGGUUACACCUACGCUCACUCAUCCUCCUCCUCCUCCUCCUCCACUCCCUGCACCACCGACAAUACCGGUGGCAGUGCCCAAAACGCAACCGUAAACAACAACACUGCUCCCCUCGCCGACCUCAUCUGCCCCGGUUACACCCUCUCUAACCUCGUGCAAAAUACGCGUGGCUUGAAUGCUAGUUUGACGUUGGCCGGGGAGGGGUGUAAUGUGUAUGGGAAUGAUAUUAGGGAGUUGGUGUUGAGUGUUAGGUAUGAGACGAAGAGCAGGGUUAACGUGAAGAUUGUGGAUGCGGGGGAGAAGCAGUGGCAGGUGCCGGAGGAGAUCGCACCCUCGCCCGAACCCGCGGAGGAAUUAUCGGAGGACGAGUUGGACUAUUCGUUCUCCUAUACUGCUCAACCCUUCGCUUUCUGGAUCACCCGCACUUCCGACGCCCAAAUCCUCUUCGACACCCGCACCCAUCCCCUCGUCUUUGAAGACCAAUUCAUUCAACUCACCACGAAUAUGGUACAAGACUACAAUGUCUAUGGGUUGGGUGAGACGAUCGCGGGGUGGAGGAUCGGAAAUAAUGCCACGAGGACGAUUUAUGCCGCGGAUAUUGGGGAUGUGGUGGAUGCGAAUUUAUAUGGGUACCAUCCGUUUUAUUUGGAGCAGAGAUUUGAGAGUUCGGGUGAUGCUCUGUAUAGUAGUAUCGCGGUCGAGGAGGAGCCGUGUACGACGACGACGGCCGUGAAGCACAACCGCUUCGCCCGUCAUGAAAAGGAGUCAUCAACUACUUCGGCACAAUCUUCCAAGGCAACAACCUCUUCUGCAGGUGGUGGCUCAUCCUCCUCCGCUCACGGUGUCUUCAUCCGCUCCUCCAACGACAUGGACGUCCUCCUCCGCGAAGACUACCUCCAAUACCGAAUCACCGGCGGCAUCCUCGACCUCUACAUCUACACCGGUCCCACCCCGCUCUCCGUAACCCAACAAUACGUCCAAUCCAUCGGUCUCCCCUCCAUGCAACAAUACUGGACCUUCGGAUUCCACCAGUGUAGGUGGGGAUACUCGAACUUGAGUGAAUUGAUUGAUGUUGUGGAAAGUUUCAAGGAGUUCGGGAUCCCGCUUGAAACGAUUUGGACGGAUAUUGAUUAUAUGGAUUUUUGGAAGGAUUGGACGGUGAGUCCGAAUAGAUACCCCGCUGAUGAGUUUUUGGCGUUUACGGAGGGGUUGAGGAGUGUGGGGCAGCAUUAUGUGCCUAUUGUUGAUGCGGCGAUUUACCGACCCGAUCCGAACAACGCUACGGAUUCGGAGUAUGAGUCGUAUUAUAGGGGUCAUGAGUUGGACGCGUGGAUCAAGAAUCCGGAUGGGUCGGAGUAUGUUGGGGCUGUGUGGCCUGGGUAUACUGUCUUCCCUGACUUCUUUGCGAAUGGGACACAGACGUAUUGGACGGAAGCUCUUGUCAACUUUUCGAAGUUGGUGGAUUAUUCGGGGAUUUGGCUUGAUAUGAAUGAGGUUUCGUCGUUCUGUGUUGGGUCUUGUGGGUCGGAUGAUUUGGGUUCUCAGCCUAUCCUGCCGCCGUUUGCGUUGGGAGGUGUGAGUUAUGAUUAUCCUGAGGGUUUCAACGUAAGUAACGCGACUGAGGCUACGGUUGUUUCUUCUGCUUCCGCCGCCGCCGCCGCAUCCGCUUCUGCUUCAUCCCUCGCAUCUCCAUCUCCCACGAACACCGUCGGCCCAACCGUCUACGCCCCGGAGAUCGAGGGACCAUACGGGCCAGAAAACAUCAACUACCCCCCCUACGCCAUCCACAACUGGCAACAAAAUGGCGACCUCGCAGGCCACGCAGUUUCCCCCAACGCAACCCACGCUAACGGAAUCCGCGAAUACGACGUCCACUCCCUCUUCGGCUACAUGGAGACCAUCGCAACUUACAACGGCCUGUUGGAGCACAAACCCGAUGAACGCCCGUUCAUCAUCUCGAGGUCUACGUAUCCUGGGUCGGGGAAGUAUGCGGGACAUUGGGGUGGGGAUAAUUAUUCCAAGUGGGCAUAUAUGGCGUUUUCGAUUCCUCAGGCUUUUAUGUUCCAGAUGUUUGGGAUUCCGAUGUUUGGAGUCGAUACCUGUGGUUUUGCUGGCAACACGGACGAGGAGCUUUGCAAUCGCUGGAUGCAGCUCAGUGCGUUCUUCCCAUUCUACCGCAACCAUAAUACGCUUGGCGCAUUGAGUCAGGAGCCCUAUAGGUGGGCUUCCGUCGCCGAGGCAUCGAAGACGGCGAUGAAGAUCCGCUACUCGCUGUUGCCUUACAUGUACACCCUCUUCUAUGAAGCCAGCAAGACGGGUGCACCCGUCAUGAACCCCUUGUCGUUCUUGUGGCCGAACGAUGCUUCCCUCGUUGCCGCUGAUCGCCAGUUUGUGUUGGGUGAGGCGUUGUUGGUUACACCCGUUCUUGAGCCGGAUGUGGAUUACACCAUGGGGGUCUUCCCUGGUGUCGCGGAUGGCGAGGUGUGGUAUGAUUGGUACACCCACGAGAAGGUCGACGCGGUUGCUGGGCAGAACACCACUAUUCCUGCUCCAUUGGGUCAUAUCCCGCUCUUUGUGCGUGGUGGGUAUAUCCUUCCCAUGCAGACUCCGGGAUAUACGACAGAUGAAUCCCGUAACGGUACUUGGUCUCUCCUUGUCGCUCUUGAUUCUGAGGGCUCUGCGGAGGGUGAGAUUUACCUCGAUGAUGGUGUUUCCGUCGAACAGGAGUCUACUGAGGUUAUCGCCCUUUCUGUGGCUUCAGGCAGUUUGAAGGCUUCUACUGAGAUUACGGGCUCGGUUUUGCCUCAGGCUGAGAUUGCUUUGGAGACAAUCACGCUCUUGGGUAUUACGUCUGAGCCGAAGUCAGUUGCCUUCAAUGGAAAGAGCUGUGAGAGCGUCUGCUACAACAGCACUUCUGGCGAGUUGAUUAUCUCCGAGCUUGGAAGCGCUAGUGCGUGGGUUCAGGAUUGGACCUUGGAGUGGCAGUGA